CAGCGCCACGCGGACUCUCAACCUCGAGCAGCGCCGAGUGAGACUGCCAUGGCGGGCGUUGCCACUCUGGGCUAUGUGAGCGACGCUUCAAGCGACGGGGGCUCGGGAUUGGACGAGGCCGACAACGAGGUGCGCAACCUCACGUCACGAACCUUCAAGCGCAUCACCACGCCCAUCUCCUCCUGCGGCGACGAGACCACGCCCACACCCUGUGACGUCACAUCCUACGACGCUGACGAGGCUGCCACGCCCACCCCGUGCGAUGGGAAGGCCCUGACCACGCCAGGCCAGGAACCCGACAAAUGGCCGACGUACGUGGAGCUGGGCAUCUGGAGGAAGACCCAGCAUGCAGCGGCGCGUGCCAGCACCGCCCUGCUGAUGUCGCACAACGGCCAGCAACAAUCCGCACGCCGCACCACCACCACUACCAGCACGACCCAGCAGCAGUCUGCCAAACUGCACACCGCCACCACCACCACCACGACCAAGUCUGUGCACACGGCGAUCAAGAUAGCGCACCACAGCACCACACACACUGCCGGUUCGUACCAGAGCACCGCACACACCGCUGACCCACAGAACGGCUUCACGCACAGCACCGGCUCACAGCAGAACACCGCUCACACUGCCGGCUCACACCAGGGCCCGCUGCACGCCGCACCCAGGAACAACACGGGGGGUCCCACCGUGGCCGCUAAUACAAAACACAGCCCGCACACCAUCAGCACCACACUUGGCAAGAGAGGGGGGUCCGGCCAGCGCUCCCACCACCGGCACCCGAAACGCAGCCAUGCACACGUCCCACUCAGCACUCGCAGCCACCAGCAGCAGCUCCACCACAUCGCCACUCGCCAAACCGCACUCCCCAGCCACACAAGCCGGCAACCCGCACUACACUGCGCCCGCUGUCACGAACAGAACUUUCAAGCAUCAGACGUCGGGCAGCACGACCAGCGUAGACACCAGCACACGUGCCAGCUCCCGUUCCAUCACACACACCUUUUCAAACGGCAGUACGCUUAAUGCUGCCACCACACCCAACUUUAAAAACGCCACGUACAGGCAGCAACCGUCGGGCAGUUCCACUGGAGCACACACCAUCGUCUCAAACGCCAGUACACUCGCCGGCACAGACACCGGCACGCCAAAAGCUGCCACAGCCAUCUUUACCAACGGCAUAUCCAAGCAGCAGACAUCAGGCAGCGUGGUCGGUGUGCACACCAGCUCGCCCACUGUCUCAACCGGCGACACGCAUUCCGGGUCACACCCCACAGGCAGUCCAUCUCACGGGGCUCAGCUUGGCGUCGAGGGUGGCAGUGGCGGCAACAGCAGUGGCCGAGGCGGAAGCCGUGGUGGAGGUCGUGGUGGAGGGCGCGGUGGAGGCCGCGGUGGCGGUGGUGGAGGCCCCGUGCGAUACAUGGUGGCUGGGUUCCGCUUGCUGUGCCGAGCCGAGAGCCCGCCCGAUGACUCCAAAGACCCCGAGGGGGCACUCGGGGUUGCAGGGGGCGGCGGCGUUUCGACUGAGCAGAGCCCAGGGCUGGACAAAAUCAAGGGGUCGGCCAGUGCAAAUCGGGCGUCAGUGGUGGAGGAAGCCAGCGGCAUAGGGGAGGACGUGACGACGCGGGAGAGGGUGGGAGAGUCAUGGGGGCGUCGGUGGAGCGAGGGGGGGGCAGCGGACAAGAGGCUCAAAGCAGCACGGCCGCUGAGUUGCGGCACAGAGCAGCCCGCCAUCUCACGCUCGAUCGGUGCGCGCCGAUCGUCGGACAGUGGCCCCUGCGUGCCGGCACCAGCGAGCACAGCAGUGGAGGAGCCGCCAGGCCUGAGCGGCGUGGUUCGUAGCGGCGGCGGCGCCGCCGGCGGGAGUCCACACUCGGGCGCCGGUUCUUGCUGCGGCCCCGACAAGAGGGCGCUCGACGCCGGGGCGGUGAGACCGCUGCCCAAGACGCAAAGGAGCGAGACGAAGGGCGGGGCGUCCGUGUCGGGGGGCGGCAGGGGCAGGGAGAAGGAGGGCGAAGCCAAAGUGGAGGCCGAGGUGGAGGAGGUAGCGCGAGCGAGCAGCCACCUGAGCAAUGUCAUCGGGAGGCACAUGCGCCUGGAGCGGAGCCUGAGCGAGGGUGCCGACUCGCGGAGCACGGGGCCGGUGGAGACCAUGGGCCCACUGGAUCCAGGGAGCUCCACCCACCCCCUGCUGACCGGCACGCUCGCCCCAGCCGCUGGGAAAAUCACUCCAUCCGACAUGGACCACUGGAAGAUUUACUUGGACACCGACGACGACGAAGAAGAGGUUUUCGAGGCGUGUGAAGACAGGAGUGUGGGCCCUGGCGGAGCUGCCCCAGCCGGGCACUGUGACUCCCAGGAGCCGGCGUUUGAGGAGGAGGUGGCCACCAUGAACAACGACGCGGAGCUGGAGGUUCGGCUCGCCGAGGCGAUGGCGCUUGGAGCGGCCGCUGUCGGCAGUUGGGACAUGAUGCCCACGCCGGGGGGCGCUCGCGUGGAUGUGGAAGGGGACGAGAGUGGUGCCGCGUGGAUGACCUCGGAAGCGGGAGUCCGCCCCGGUGUGGAACAAAUUGGGGGCUCGUUCGGGUCAAAGAGAAGGAAAAGACGCAGUGCGAGCAGCACGAGGCCCUCGGCACCAUUGUCGGCGGCCGGGGAUAUGAGGGUUGGCAACAGGGCCCAGGGCUGGGCCCAGGACAUAGCGCGCCUCCUGACGCCGAAUCUCGGGGACAAGGAGAAGGCCAAUGAGGACAGGGGCUGCGAGAGGGGCAGGGAGAGGGGCAGGGAGAGGGGCAGGGGCAGAGAGAGAGAAGAGAAUGUGCAUGCACGGAGGGCUGUGUCCCUAGACUGCCUGCCCAACACGAGAGCACGGGAGCGUGAACACGAGAGGGAGAAGCAGAAAGAACGAGAGAAGCAGAGGAGGAAAGCGCAAGAGCACGUCAAAAAGGAGAGGGAGAUGGAAAGACAUCAGGAGCAGCAGAGGGAGCGGGAACGGGAGCGAGCGAAGGAAUGGGAGAGGGAACGGCAGCAGGAUCGCGAGCACCGCCGCGCAGCGCUCGGCAAGCUCAACGAAGCCGUGCGGGCGCUCGAGACGAAGCUGGCGCUGAAGACGCGUGGACCGGGCCCUGCGAGCACCGCCGCCUCCUCCACCGCACCCACGUCUCCCGGCUGUGGCUCCGAACCAUCUCGGCGAGAACCCAGCGCCAAAGUGCCACCGUCUGGGCCUACGUCUGGGCCAAACUACUCCUCCCCCUCGCCCAACGCCUCCGUGCCCCAUCCCGUAGCGGCUGCUGAGAAAACGGCGCCUGCCAAGGCCCCGGCGGGCGAUGCCAUAACUGGUCACGUGGGUGGGCGGGCGCGCCUAGCCCGGUCGCUGUCCGCGGGAACGCCGUCGCCAGGGGAGCCAGUGGCCUGGCCACGGGACCAAGCACAUUCGCGGCCACCCAGUUUUCGUUCCGUGCUGCCGCCUUCGGCAAAGGCCAAGACCGCCUCCGGGACGUCCGGGGUGACCGGGGUGACGGGGGUGACCGGGGUGACCGGGGUGACGGGCGAGGCGGCCGCAAGCGCAGGAAAUGAGGAGAAGAGCGGAGGGCGGGAUGUCACACGGGGGCCCGAGGGGGCUAGAGGAGAGGAUGCCAGCGACGGCUACUUCACCAUGUCGCCUCGCCGACCCAAGCAGCAGGAGGCUCAGCAGGAGCUUCCGAUGAAGCUAGAUGCGCCGCAGCAGCAGCAGCAAAAGCAGCAGCAGCAGGCCAAGGUUCAGCCGCCAUCCUCGCUGCUGUCUAAAGCACAGCACAAGCCGGGCCCACAGAAGAUGACGCAGUCACAAAAACCACCAGAUCAGAAGCAAGAGCAGACAGCACAGGCACCAGAUAAAUCCCUGCUGUGGCAGAGGAGAACCCAGGCUCAAGCACAAGCGACCACGCGGCCACCGGCGGUGGCGCAACCACCCAAGCCACCGACUCAGCUGCAGACACAGCCAAACAGAGCGCAACAGCCACCAGACAGACAGCAGAGCCAGACGAAUGCCACCAAGCAGACACAACCAGACAGGGACCCACAGCUUAGCCGCCAGCAACCGGUGCAGCAGCAACAGCUGCACAUUGGACAGCCACAAGAACCGACACAAGCACCACAACCACAAAAUUUGCAACUGCAGAGACAGCCACAGUCUGAGCCUCCGUUUCCACAACCGAUGCAUCUGAUGCAACAGGAACUACCGCAGCCAAUUGCACAACAGCCGAUGCAACAACAACCUACGCAACAACAGCUGAUGCAACAGCUGAUGCAACAACAGCCGAUGCAACAACAGCAGCUGAUGCAGCAACAACAGCUGAUGCAGCAACAGCAGCUGAUGCAACAACAGCCUACGCAACAACAGCCGAUGCAACAACAGCUGAUGCAACAACAGCUGAUGCAGCAACAGCUGAUGCAACAACAGCAGGCGAUGCAACAGCAGCCUACGCAACAGCAGCAGAUGCAACAGCAGCUGAUGCAACAGCAGGCGAUGCAACAGCAGCCUACGCAACAGCAGCAGAUGCAACAGCAGCUGAUGCAACAGCAGCAGGCGCUGGCUCACAUGGCACCGCAGUACCCGUACAUGAUGAUGCCGCAGGAUGUGUCCUCACAGGCCAUGAUGAUGUCACAGCUGAUGGCGCCACUGAUGGCUCCAUACACAACGGCCCAACCGGAGACAACGGCGGUGGCACCGCCAACGCCGGAGCCGGUGCCACCGCCGUCCGCGGCGCUUGCACCGCACGCGCCCGGCACCCCGCCGCGACCUCCCAUGUCUCCGGAGCCGAUGAUGAUGAUGUCGCCGGAGGCCGCGUCCCAGGCGGCGAUGGCGGCGCGGCAGAUGAUGAUGUCCACCAUGAUGAUGAUGAUGAUGGCCAAUCCGGCCAUGAUGCAGUUCCAGCAGGGAGCGAUGCCCUCAUUCAUGCCGGGCCACCUAAUGACGUACCCGGCCGGUGGCCCCCCCGCCAUGUUGUACCCAAUGAGCGGCGCGCCGCAGUUCCCGGCGGGCGCAAUGAUGCCCUACCCGGCGGCGUACGGGGUGCCCCAGUUCCCCCCCGCGUUUGCACCAAACCCCACGGCGCCAGCGUACCCGCAGCCGGGCCAGUACAAGGCAACGCCCGUGACGGACACCACCCCGCCGAGCCCGACCGCCAAGCACCCGUGGGAGGCUCCCUACUUUGUCCCGUCGGGGACCCAGCCCAGCUCCCCAACGGGGGCCUUCUCUUACCAGAAUGGCAGUCACCAGCAUCAGCAGCAGCCGCAUCAGCAGCAGCAGCAGCAACAGCCACAGCAGCAUCAGCAGCAUCAGCAGCAGCAGCAGGAUCAGCAGCAUCAGCAGCAGCAUCAGCAGCAGCAGCAUCAGCAGCAUCAGCAGCAGCAGCAUCAACAGCAUCAGCAGCAUCAGCAGCAUCAGCAUCAGCAGCAUCAUCAGCAUCAUCAGCAGCAGCAUCAGCAGCAGCAUUAUCAGCAUCAGCAGCAGCAGCAUCAGCAGCAUCAGCAGCAGCAGCAGCAUCAGCAGCAUCAGCAGCAGCAGCAUCAUCAGCAGCAGCAUCAGCAGCAGCCGCCGGUAUCCUGGCCACGCGGCCCAGGCGGCCGAGGCGGGGCUGCUGGCCCUUGGAUGUGA